AUGGACCCUCUGCGCGCCGACCACGACAUCUUCUUUCCGUUCAGCGAUGCCGGCGCCUCUGGUCCGGCCCCGGCCAUGCCCGCCGCCCACCACGCCCUGCCUCACGACAGCAGCGACGCCCUGUUGCUGCCGCCGCACCUCUUGUCGGCUGACGACGACCUGGAUCCCAUGUUCCUGGACCCAACCUUUCCCAACAACACCGCGGACCUGAGCCACAACUUUGACACCGUCUUCUUCGCCGCCGACCCGGCCCUCCAGCUCGACAUGGACCCGGCCGGCGGCGGCUUCCUCCCCGACGCCCCCGCCCCGGCCGACGACUGGAACCUGGCUAUUGGCGCGACCGAGAUGGCAUCGCCUCCGCCCGGCCCGGCGGCGGCAGCGGUAGCCGCUGGCAAUACCGCCAUCAUUGACGAAUUCUUUGUCAAAAACGGUGCCUACCGCCCGCCCCAGCCCUGCCUGCAGUGCAAGCGCCAGCGCCUGCAGUGCCUGAUUCUGCAGACCACCGACGCCAACCCCAACCCCAUCACCUCGUGCUCCAGCUGCGUUGCCCUCUUCCGCGACUGCAGCCUGGCCGAGCGCGGCAAGCGCCAGGCCUCGAGCUUCGAGACGUCGCGCCCCGUCAUCGGCCAUCUCCACGGCGUCAGCGAGGAGAACGACCUCGGCGACCUCGACGAGGAGCAGCCGCCGACACAGGGUGCCAUCCCGCUCGCCGUCGUCACGGCCAAGCGCGCGAGCACCCGCACGGCCAAGAAGACGCGCGCCUUGGCCCACUGGUUCGCCUCCCACCUCGACCACCCCUACCCCUCCGAGGACCAAAAGGCGGACCUGGCCAGCCAGUCCGGCCUGAGCCGGACACAGGUCAUCAACUGGUUCGCCAACGCCCGUCGCCGGCACAGACUGUCGGCCCAGUCGCCCUACAACAACAGCAGCGGCAGCGCCAAGAUGUUUCGCCACGGCUCGCCCAUGCCGCGCUCCGCCCUCGAUAGCAUGUCGCCCAUGGAGCGUUGGAGGAACUCACCGCCCAAUGACGAGCCUGCGUCUGCCUCGUCGAUUGAACGGGCUCUGAACCGAUCGCCGCUAGAAGCCUCGGACUAUUUUGGCAGCUACGGCAGCGGGAGGGACGGUUCCGCCUCGUCGGCCAGCGGCGACUCUGGCACCUACCGUCGCUGGUCGUUCCACAGGGCGUCCUCGACCAGUUUUGGUGGCUCGGCACAUUCGCAGCAGUCAUCGGGUGACUUUCGAUUUGUGCCCUACUCGGCCAACAACUCGGUCGACGGAGACUCCAUUGGAAACAAGAGCCCGACUGUGGGCACGCGCAGGAAGAACACGACGUUCCAGUGCACCUUUUGCCUGCAAAGCUUCCGCAAGCGAUACGACUGGGUGCGGCACGAGCGGUCCAUCCACCUGCCCGGCCUCGAUUCGUGGAUCUGCCGGGUGCCGCUGCCGCCGGACCAGUCGUUUCUCGUGUGGCGCGUGAACCAGACGCACCCGGAGUGCAUCUUUUGCGGCGCGCCGUCGCCGACGCACGACCACAUCCAGUCGCACGAGUUCCAGACGUGCGCGGAGCGGCCGGCGUCGGAGCGGACGUUUACGCGCAAAGACCACCUGUGGCAGCACCUGCACAAGUUUCAUCACUGCAAGAAGUGGGAGGGUUGGAAGCCGGACCUGGCGCUGCUCCAGCACAAGCAGGACAGGCUGCAGAGCCGGUGCGGCUUCUGCAACGUGACGAUGAGCAGCUGGGAGGAGAGGGCGCAGCACCUGGCCUCGCACUUUCGACGGGGGGCGACGAUGACGGAGUGGUCGGGGGGUCCGGGCAUUCGGUUGCCGUCGGAGGAGAAGGCGAUUGGCAAGGGGAAGAGUGGAUGA